AUGCUCAAAGUAAUCGUAGCACCGGGAGAAGAGGUAACCCCCGUGCUUCUCAAGCCUGUGUUCGAUGUCGCCAGCUGCAAUGGUCUUGCGCCGGGCCGGGCAUGCGAAUCAUGUACGUCUCUUCAGGUGUCCUGUACCGUCAGCGAAACGGGCGACGGCAGGAAACACGGAUCCCGGGCCCACUUCGACGCUUUGCAGGCUCGGAUUCGGCGACUAGAAUCUGCCCUCGCCCAGCAAGCACAGCGGCCGGAAGAUGAGCCGGAGGAGACCGAUCAUGCUUUUCCUGCCAAUACAGUAUCCUCAGGCAACGCUCACGCUCAUGCAUCAUCUCCCAUCGACGCGCUUGAUGGUAAUGACCAGUCGUACCAAGUGACGGAUGGUGGCGAAGUCCCAUCAUUCUACCCGGAUGAGGUAGUCAUGGAAGAUGAGUCCAACAUCCUCGUACGACCACGGGUUUCCAGUGUCGCUGCUUUAGCAUCCCCGGUGUCUCAACGAGCUCAGACAUCUACGUCGCCAGCGAAUGUAGUCACUGUUCUGCCUCAGGAGCAAGCUCGUCCGCAAUCCCGGCCUCUGGAGCCCUUUGAUAUGCCCGCCACCCAAUUGACACCAGCGAGCGAACAGGACGAGCAUCUGGACAUGCUUCUGCCCGGCCAAUCAAGAUUCUAUGGUCCUACUUCCCAGCGGUAUCUCAAAGACCAUGAGUUGUAUCCUUUAGAGGAUCCCGAGCCUAGGAACACUGCCCGUGGAAGCAAUUUGAAACUUGAUGCCGCGCCUCGGAAAGACUUUCUGCUUCAGAUAUUCUUCCGCGCACAGCUCUUGUCCACUUCGGUCGUCAACCAAGCCUCAUUCGAAGCUGGACGCGUGUCAGGGGUAAGAGUUCAACGCUACUCCAAGUUUCUGGAAAAUGCCGUCCUGGCUUGCGCAUCACGUAUGUCUACUUCUCAGGACCUACGAAAGUCGGGCACUCAAUAUGCAGAUCGCGCGAAAGAAGAGAUUCUCGAAGAAAUGAGCAAUCCGAACAUUGCCUCCCUACAGGGAUUCCUUCUCCUUAGUGAUUUUGAAGCCACCAGAGGCCGGAACCGCCUAGGUUACAUCUAUAGUGGCAUUGCGUGUCGUUUGGUCUUCGACCUGGGCUUGACUGCGAGCUGUGACGCGCUCGUAGCUGAGGGUAAAAUUUCGACAUCUGAGGCGUUCGAAAGACACGAUCUCCUCCUUGCUACCCAUGUCUAUGACAAAUUGUGGAGCAUGUACAUGGGACGCCCUAGUGCGAUUCCAACUGCUAUGGUCGCAGUCGCUCACCAACGCUUAGUUACAGGAGGAUGGAAAGGCACUCCUACCGUAGAACACUGGGUUGGCCUUUGCACGGAUGUUUCUGAAGCUACCGAGCUAUUGUUGACUACAUCAGAUCUGGAACCCACCACUCUCGACAGGCUCAGAGCGCUAGACAGACGCCUCAAGCAGCGUUUUGACAGUUUACCAGAGGACUUGACAGCGACUGACUUGGACCGUGCGUUCGAUCUUUCGCCAUCUGCGUAUGCUCUAAAUAUUCAGUUUCACGGGGCACAAAUUGUGUCUAGGGGGCUUUUGAAGAAAGCCAGCGAAUCUAUCAGAAGAGAUUCUCAGGCCUCGGUCAGGGCUGCUGAUCAGCGCGAAAGCUCUAAGAUGCAUCAACCUUGCCAGGAGAUGCUAGGCAACGCUAUCGCGAUCGCUCGACUGGUAUCCACAUAUCACGACACCUAUGGCGUGGAAAACAUUGUCACUGUCAUGCUCGACAACAUGUACGUUGCAUCGGCAGUGCUGGUUUCGCACGUUCUACACAACCACAACUCGCAAUCACAAGGUAUCGAAGUUUCUCCUCGUUCAUGGUUGGAAACAUUGCGUAGCAUUCUUCACUCAGCUCGAGUGCACUACCCAGUUGCCACUAGAAUGUGUUGGACUCUAUCCAAGACUGUUCAAGGAACAAUUCUGUCGGGCAUGUACGACGACUUGUUGACAGACAAUGUCCGCUUCGUGCGCAACGGGAAUGUGGUACCCGGGACAAAUCAUUUGACAUCAGCUAUGGGCCCCGGCACGUUCCAUGGACAUACCCCGAGACUCGAAGCUGCUACCUGUACCUUUGACAACGACCCGAUGCUAGGUAACAUAUUUGCUGACGAGCUGACCAUGGACGCCGAAGGAAAUCUGAUGGACUGGCUAGCUCUUGGUCUCGAGACUGACAGGAAUGCGAAUCCUGGUUCAUGA